AGUGGAGAGUGAGAGGCAGUGGGGUCAGCCCAGAGCUGGACAGGAGCUCUUUUAUUAAAACGUUAACAUUUACGAACCGUUUGUUUCUGAUUUCAUAAGAUUGUCGGUAAACGCGCUUCCGUCUCGUUCACGGUGUAACGUAUAUUUUCUGUCGGCAUGAAUCUCGGGGACGGCCUGCUGUUUGAGCUUGAAAAUGGAAAACCGAAGUUGAUUUUACUCAGUCAUGGUGUUGAGAAGAAUCCAGCAAAGCAGCUGUCCUGCAGGCCCAGAGCGGCUAACAUCCUGAGCUCCAGGCAGCCGUCCUGUGUGGAGGGGGUGCAGGGAGAGGAGCGUCCAGCCCGGCAGCUGGCAGGGAGGCACAGAGAAACCAAGAGCAAGGCAGGAGGAGCAGCGGUCUCCUCCACCUCUAACGCCACCACCACUGCUGGGGGGAGGAGCUCCACUCUGACAUCAUCUAAGACACAUGAGAAUCACAAAGGGGGCAGCGUCAAAGUUGUAGCGAAGGUGAAGUCAGACAGACACAAACACAGCACUACUGUUGGCUCCUUGAGAGCCAAUGGGAAAACAGGACAGCCUCAGAACAGAGAGACACGAGCCAGUGGAAAAGUGGGACUAAAAGACACAGUGGCCAGUGGGGACGCGGGACUGAAGGAUGGCAUGGUGUGUCUGACCAGUGAACAGCUACAGAAGCUCCUGAGCACAGUCCACACCUCCAGCAAUGGCCCACACCCACCAGAGGACCCCAGGACCCGGGGUGCUGGUAGUGAUGGAAAUCAAGCCGGCUCAAAAUCUGGCUCCUCAAUGAAUAAAGGAGGAGGAGGAGGCGAGGGUGAAGGAGGAGGCGGAGAGAUGAAAGAGGAAGACAGAGGGGGAGGAGGAGCUGAAACAACUGAAAGAUCACAGGAUAAAGAUAAAAGGUUGUCUGGAUGUCCGUUCAGCUGGCUGGAGGAGCGACAGUCAGACAGCAGAGCAGCCAUCGACGCCAAGAAGGCUCAGUGGAGGAGAGAACUAGAUGAGCAAGUGGCACUGAAGCAGCAGCAGCAGCAGCGUUCGGCUCCUGGCAGACUCCAGGCUGAGGAGGACACAGAGAGCUUGUUCUCAGUGCAGAGCUCCGUCAGCCACAGAGAUCAGCCUGCAGCCAUCAGAUCCAGCCUCAGACUCGGGGAGGUCACCCCGAUGGAGGAGAUGCUGAGUGUUGAGAGGAAAGAGGAGCAGAGGAGACGCUGGCUGGAGGAGCUGGACCGACAGAGAGAGGAGACGACUGAGCGCAGGAGAAGAGAGAAACUGCUGCAGAGCCAGACGGAGGACCACGAGCUCUGGGCCACACACUUUGACUCUCUGCAGAGACGGCCUCCAGUCCUGACUGCAGCUCCAUCAGCUCCACCUCCAGCCCUGUCCAACAGCUCCGAGCGAGGAGAGUGGGAGCCCAUGUCCAGUUUGUCCCUGGUCUGGGAGGCUACCAGCAGCUGUGGAGCAGAAAGUGUCGGGGGAGCCAGCAUAGAUACAACCAGCGGGUACCCAACUAGAGCCAACUAUCUGAGGACCAUGACCGCCCUGUUGGACCCCGCCCAGAUAGAAGAGAGGGAGAGGAGGAGGCUCAAACAGCUGGAGCAGCAGCGAGCGAUCGAGGCCCAGAUGGAGGAACGGCGGCAGCAGAGGGAGCGAGAAGAGGCGAGAAGGAAAGAGGAGGAGGAGGAGGAAGAGAGGAGGGUGGCGCUGGAGAGGGAGAUGCUUGAGAGACAGUACGAGCUGGACACACUGAGGGAGAGGCAGAAGUCGAGCCGUCAAGCAGAGGAUUCAAAGAAAGACCGCGAUGACGGGAAACAUCCGGAGACACUGGAGCCCAGCGCAGUUACCAAACAGAGUGAGUGUUCAGUGGAGGAGGAGGUCAGCAGCUCAGCCUCCUCAUACAGAGACACGGCUGUACAGACAGAAGCAGCUCCGUCUCUCCCACUCAGAGUUCAGACUCCUGACGUCUCUGCACAGUACCAGCCGCCUCCCUCUCUGUCUGCUGCACCUCCAAACGGCAGGAACCGAGCGGUGAGAACAGGCAAGGAGAACAUCUGUCUGCCAGGAGUAGGAAGUAGUGGAAGAGGAGACGCGUAUGAAGCGUUUGCCAGGACAGAUCGGAGCAGGAGAGACAAGAGGAGGCCGGAGUGGAACACACAGAGGCCCAACCGUCGGUUCGUCCCCGCCUCGGAGCGUUACCCGGCUGCUCUGCAAAAGAACAGACAGGAGAGUCGACAAAAGAGGCAGGCUGAGCUCCUUGCUCUGCAGGAGAAGACUCGUCUCUCUAGGGCUGACCCUCCUCCUCUUCAGCAACAGGAACCUCGUCUGUGCUCCAACCCCACACAGACCAAGCCCAGUCCCACCAAGAGGGUGGAGAGUGUUUCCAGAGGACACAGUGUCUCUGCAGCCAUCAGCACUGACAGGGGGCGCUCUCCUCCCGUCCCUGCUGUCAGACACAGACUUCAGGGUCAGCAGGCACUGCCCUCUUCCACCCCUUCACCUCCACCUGUGGAGUUUGUUCCUUAUGUUCGUACUGAUGAAGUCUUCAACUUGGACCCACUGGAGCCUGCUGACACCCCACCCCCACCACGCACACACACAGCUCCUCCAGCGUCUCCUCCUGCUCCCUCACAUCGACUCCUCCAACCUGAACUGCUUCAUAACACACAAACACACCGACAGCAGGAGAUCCUGAGAGGCCUGGCACAGCUACGGCAGGGUUUAUUACAGAAGCAGAGGGAGUUGGAGACAGAUCUGAAUCCUCUACUCAAGCGCCAUGACAACGAGCUCCGGGCACCCUCUGCAACGCACCGCAUGUGACCUUUGAACCCUGCUCUCUCUGUAUGCUGACUGGAGACUGGAUGUUCAAUGUGCCACGACGUGGAGGAUCAUCAUGGUUCACAUUUCACUUGAAUAUCAGACUGCAGCAGAUUUUUGGGAGUUUUUAAAGAAUAGCGGAUCGUAUCAGAGUGAACUUCACCUGUUCUGGACGUAACUAGCAUCAGGGAGCAGAAGUACUUGUUUUAUUUUCCUGUCAGCAGCUCAGUAAGUCCAACGACACAAGACUACUUCCUAAAUCUUACAAAGUACUUUGCAAUAGAUAGUCAGUAUCUAGUCAUAGUUAGAGGAUGUGGUGGGAAAGCUCAAUUUUUAAACUCACAUAAGAGACACUAUUACAUUUACUAAAGAUAUGAUUAAUUAAACUUACAAUAACAGCAGUAUACUACAGCUUUACUGGCUAUUUAAAUGGAGUCCUGUAAGUUAGACAAUCGUGAUUUGGGGGCUGUUUCUGGUUAAACAAAGAGCAUCUUUCACUUUAACAAAAAGGUCUAUCUUUGAAGGAGUCCUUUCAGUAAUCUUUUCAGACACUCAUAACAACACUAACUUAUGAUAACUAUCAGUGGCAAUAAAAACACAACGAUUUUUGGGAGAUUUAAAUCGACGGUGAAACUCUGCCUCAAGUGAUGACAUUGCAGCUCGGCUGCUGCUGUCACUCAAUACUGGAUCAGUUUAAAAAAAUGUUCCCAUUAGUGAGUUAGAAACAAAAACAUAGGAACAUGAGGUCCAAGUUGAAAAAUACCCUUUAAAGUAAUAGUUCAGUUUCUUUGAAGUGGAGUUGUAUAAGAUACUUAUCCAUAAAAGGUAUUUUACCUACAGUAGAUGUCAGUCAGAACGCCCCCAGUUUGGAGAAGCAGGCUGGGGUCCGACACAGAACCUCAGCAGUGGACUGCUGUCAACAGGGGUCAGCAAUAAUGUAUAUUUUAGCCACUUAAAAAAGUCCCACCAAAACACAGUCAGUAUCAGUUUAAGUGUACGCUAUAUUGAGAGUAUUUUAACCGAUUCACCUUUCAGUAAGACAGCUCUUUCCGGGAGAGUUAACAAUUUCAGUUCCCCAUCUAUACCCUCAUCAAAGGCACCAGACUCCUGACAAAACAGUAAUUUUAGCACGCUUAACACAGUGGCGUUUAAAAGGGUUAGUUUGGAGUCACCAAAGUCACACAGUAACACAAACUAACUGACUGAUCGAAGCAGCAGUUGAUCAGCAGCUCCUGUGUUCACAGAGGUAAAAUCACUGCUUUUCUCAAUGAAGAGAAUGAUAUAACAGCUUCAUUUUCCUGUCUGGCACUCCAAACUGGGGAAGCAGGCAGGAGUCCGACAUCUACUGUAGGUAAUAUACUGUAAUAUACUAGCUAUGGAUAAGUAUCUCACACAACUCCACUUCAAAAAACUGAACUAUCCCAUUAACUCUGGAUUAAGUUUAUUUGACAUUCAGAGAGCCACACAGCAGCUCGUGGUAGCUCUGUUUUUCCCUCUCAGUGUAAAAGGAUGUGACGCUUUGCGGGUGAAUACCUACUGUAUCUGUUCUGGCAUUUUCACUAUUGAAAACACAUGGCUCUGUGUGCAUCUUCAGACUGAGCAUAAAGAGGGUUAUUUGUGCAAAUCUUUAUUUACCACAAACAACCAAUGUUCCGUCAAUACAGACAUUAGCUGUAGAAGAGUUGCAGCAAUAUAGUGGGACGAUGUUAACUCUGUAAUGUUAUGGACAAAUUCAUUUGAACCAAUCUUUCAAUGUACUUGAACUUGAUUAUUAUUCAUUUUUUUAAAGAGACAGGCUUACAGGAGGUGAUCCAUUCGAGCCAGUGUGCAUGAACAGUGGACAUGGGUUUUUUAAUGUACUCCAGCCUUUAAUGUGACAGGCAGCUAAACAGUAAAGACUGUGUCGUACUAACAGUAACUAACAUUUGUCUUCAGUCUGAACCUGAUUUUAAAAUCAAGAACAUUUCUGACUUUAUUUUUGAACACUUAGAAAACUGAAAUGUGAGUUGCAGGUUCGACUGACCGAGCUUUUAACUUUGACUACAAACACCUCAGUGUUUAUUUAAAUCUGCUCCUUCAGUUCUACCUCACAUCAAGACGUGUUCUCACUAAAUGAAUUUAUGUGGGUGAUUUAACAUUUUAUGUAAAGAUUGUAUUUUAAAAUUCAGUUUUUAAAUGCACUUUUCAUAAUGACACUGUACCUAACAGGUAUUGAGUUUUACCUUUUUUUAUUUCUUCUUCUUCUGGGCGCCUCGUCCUUUUCUUUGGAGUAAUCGUUCCUGCAGAGGAGCACAGCACUUAUUUAAAUCAUGAAUGAAAGAUGUAUUUUGUUUCUUCAGCUUCCUGCUGGCAGAGGAGUUUUGUUUUUGAUUCUGUGUUGUGUAAUUUUUCUGGUUAUAUUGUAUUGUGUUUUUUAUUUAUUGCAAAUAAAGAAUGUAAAGUG